AUGCAGGCCCCUGUGGUUGUUAUGAACACGCAAUCUGGCGAGCGCAAAACGGGCCGACAAGCACAACUUUCCAACAUCACCGCUGCGAAGACAGUCGCGGACAUUAUCCGAUCAUGUCUUGGUCCGAAGGCGAUGCUGAAGAUGCUGCUCGAUCCCAUGGGCGGUAUUGUGCUGACCAACGACGGACAUGCCAUUCUGAGGGAGAUUGAAGUCGCACAUCCAGCAGCGAAGAGCAUGAUCGAAUUGGCGCGGACGCAGGACGAGGAGGUGGGCGAUGGCACCACGACCGUCAUAAUCUUAGCCGGCGAGAUCUUGGCCCUAUCGCUACCCCAACUAGAGAGGAACAUACACCCAGUGGUUAUCAUCCAGGCAUUCAAGAAGGCAUUAGCGGAUGCGCUGCAAGUGAUCCAAGACACAUCAAUACCUGUGGACGUCAACGACAACCAGGUCAUGCGGGACCUUAUAUCAACAUCCAUCGGCACAAAGUUCACAUCGCGAUAUUCGGACCUCAUGUGCGAUCUCGCACUCACAGCCGUGCGGACAGUCAGCCACGAUGCCGGAGGCGGCAAGAAAGAAGUCGACAUCAAGCGUUAUGCUCGCGUCGAGAAGAUCCCCGGUGGCGAGAUCGAAGAUAGUUGUGUGCUGGAUGGUGUUAUGUUAAACAAAGACAUCACCCACCCCAAGAUGCGGCGACGAAUAGAGAAUCCGCGCAUCGUAUUACUUGACUGCACGCUCGAGUACAAGAAGGGCGAAUCGCAAACCAACAUCGAAAUCACGAAAGAAGAAGACUGGAAUCGCAUCCUGCAGAUCGAAGAAGAGCAAGUGCGCUCCAUGUGCGACGCCAUCAUCGCCGUGAAACCGGACCUCGUCAUCACCGAAAAAGGCGUCUCAGAUCUAGCGCAGCACUUCCUCCUCAAAGCCAACAUCACCGCACUACGGCGUGUCCGGAAAACAGACAAUAACCGCAUCGCCCGUGCCGUCGGCGCCACCAUCGUCAACUCCGUCCACGACCUCACAGAACGAGACGUGGGCACGCAAUGCGGCCUCUUCGACAUCAACAAGAUCGGAGACGAGUACUUCACCUUCCUCACUAAAUGCAAGACACCCAAAGCAUGCACCAUUCUUCUCCGCGGACCUUCAAAAGACAUCCUCAACGAAAUCGACCGGAACUUGCUCGACGCCAUGAGCGUAGCCCGCAACGUCAUCUUCCACCCUUACCUCUCCCCCGGCGGCGGCGCGACCGAAAUGGCCGUCUCUGUCCGUCUAGCCGCCAAAUCCAAGUCGAUAGAAGGCGUGCAGCAAUGGCCAUACCGCGCGAUUGCGGAAUCUAUGGAAGUCAUUCCUCGCACGCUGAUACAAAACGCCGGCACAAGCCCGAUCAGGCUACUCACCCAGCUGCGGGCGAAGCACGUGGAGCAGCAGAGUGGCGUGUGCAGCUGGGGCAUUGAUGGCGAGGCGGGCAAGGUGGUGGAUAUGAAGGAUCUGGGCGUGUGGGAGCCGCAGGCGAUUAAGCUGCAGAGUGUUAAGACGGCUGUGGAAAGUGCGUGUUUGUUGUUGAGGGUGGAUGAUAUAGUGGGGGCGAAGAGUGCGAAGAGUGCGGGCGGUGGGAUUGGGGGCGGUGGCGGAGAGGAGGAUUGA